AUGACGAAGUAUUUCAUCUUUCUCCUACUUCUACUUUCUAAUGUUGAUUUAUCCAUUAGUAAUUAUAUUCGUAUAUGUAAUCAUGGAGUUUAUUUAGCUAAAUGUUAUUUUGAAUCACAAAGAUUCACUUAUGAACUUCAAAUUCAAAGAUAUGAUACAGGUUUAUUUCCAAUUUUACAAUGUUCAAAAUUAGAGAUACCAUUUGACGCUAUUUGGUAUCAAGUUGAAUGUAAAGCUUUAGUUUUUAUUGCUGUUUAUAAAAGAAUUUUUAUCGAAGAAUAUUCAUCAGUAGUACUUAAUACUUGUUAUACUAUUUCAGGAACAAUAUUAGAUCCAACAUGGUCACAAACACGAUGUUAA